UAAUCCAGCGCUGUGAGUCACUCGCAGGCGUGGGGGAUGUUGAGACAGUCCUGGCUGACCUUUAGAUAAGUUACCAUUACUGGCACAGCUUAGCCUGGGAAAAAAACAAAAAAGUGUACAUCUCGAUGCGGGGGUGUAGUGUAAUCUGCUGAAUGGCAUGCUUUAACCGUGCUUUAGAUGAGCCUCUCCUGGUGUUUCUAUAUGCCUUUUCAUAUCGCAUAGGGUAUAUUAAGCUAAGCACAGCGAGCAGCAAUUAAUCAGGCAGUGAAUCCUCUUUACAUGCAUUUACAGCAGCAUCAUUUAUUUAACUGGCUCUAGGCUGGUGUCACUGGUUGCUAGGAGACAAGCUAUAUUAUGCAGGGUCUGUCCAGUAAUGUUGCCAUGGAUACAAGUUUGUCGUUCUAUGUGGCAUUUAAUCCCAUCUGGUGCUGGUCUGUGCUGGGCAAAGGCCCUGUAAACCACUGGAAACUGUUCGAGACACAUACUGUCUGCCACUCGGGAAGUCGUGUCUUCAGAUAACUCUGAGUUUUUUGAAAAGAUAAAAUUCCAAGUUGAGGUAAAAGAACUCAGAAACAAACGAGAGAGAGAUAUUAAGGGACUUGCAGUUGUGCUUAAGAGGCUGGAACUACAGUAUAUGUAUUUUUUUCUUCUUUUAAUAAAAUAGGAGUCAGUUAAAGACUGGCGUUUACACUUUGAAUAAAAGCCUCUUAGCUGGAUUAAGUGCAUGUAUUCAUUUACUAAUUGAACUCCUGUAUUUAAAAUGUAAACACUCACUCGCUCGCGCACAAUAUUCUUAGCGGUACAUUGAAUCAACGUGGUGUUUUGUUUUUGAAGAUCUUGCAUGCUAAGUUGCUGAAAUCACGCAGGUUAGAGUGAAUGAAAUAGGCCGUGUUUAUUUUUGUCUUGUACACACAGAUCACACUAAUUUUCUCCAAAAGCAUAUUGAAGGAAGAUUUUGUCAAAAUAGGGUGUUUUGAAUCUUAAAAGGAGGAAAUAAUAUCAUUUUGAUCAUGCAGGUUCUAGUCCUAUAAUUAUUAUUUUUCUUUCAACCACCACAAACAUUUAAAAGCAUUCAAGUGCCAUUCUACUCAUUUGCUCAAAGUAGCUUUUUAGACGUAGGCGUCCAAACCAAUCCAAUUCUCUCUCUCAUCACCAUAGCAACAGGCAUGUGACCCUCAAUCUGAUUAGUCCUGAAGCACUGUGAUUGGUGCUUGUGUGCCAGGAGAGUUCCACAGCGUGCUGUCACUCAGAACCCACCUCUCUUACACAUGCACCAGGCUGCUGCAGGGUGUUUAUUAAAGUACUAAAGGAUGAUGCCUUCACGUAACGCACACCUGUCUGAUGCUCUCCGAUACACCCCUCACAGUGACACUGCUCCCCCUGCUGCGUACAGGGUUACUCCCUUACAAAGGGGUUACAGCCAGCAGAUUCUCAGAGCUGUUUUACUCCAAGUUCUCAUCCGCACCCAGUAACCAAAUAAACAUUCCAAAGCAACAUUUCAUUUUAGGGGCUUUCACAAUUUUGAGUAAAUAGCUUGAAUAGCAUCAGUCACUGCCGGGCAGGUUCCAGUGACACCAAUUACUUCCAGUUACAGUAAACAGUCACUGCGCUUUGCUUCUUACCCUUGACUGCGCCUGGCCUGCCUGAAUGUAGUGUGUGCUGAAGCUCUAUAUUUAACAUCAGUGUGGAGCAGAAAGGAAAUGCCCACAUCACUGGUGCUGGAGCAUGCAGUGUGCCUGCUGGGCUCCUGGGACGUCAGACCGUGUGUAUUCAGGUCAUUCCUGAAUGUUUCCUGCUGUUAACACAGUCUCUGCUGGACUCGUUUCUCCACGGGACCCAAGCUGUGCACAAGCUGGACUCUGGGUUCAGCGCACUUGUAAUCAAAGCCAGCCAGUGUGCAUUACUCAGCAACAAGCAGCACCCCUCGGCACCCGCCAGCGAUCCACACACAUCUGAACAUCUUGCAUUGUCGUGGUACGCUGGUCCUGAUAAACCCACAGCAACCGAAUGCAUCACGUCGAUAUUAUUCUGUACAACUCAUGGAGCAGAUGCAGGGCCUGUUGAAGAUUGAUGCCGCAUUGUAACAGUGGAAAGAGACGGGGGUUUAUGGCAGUGGUGGGAUCAGACUGUAAACGAUCAGCUUGUUCACUCUUAUCUCCCUGCCUGCCUCUGUUUGAUGCCCUGAUACAAACCCUAGCACCCUAAUGGCGCUGCCCAGCAUGAUUUCUGCUGCUUUUUCUCUGAAGGGGUCUGACCAGCAAGUGCACCCAGGACCAGAACUCGCUUUGAAAUUCUCUGUCAUAUUUUCAAACCUGCAGGAUUGUAUUGGGUGCAACCACAGCGUGACUGUAGAGAUCUACAGCACUUCAGAGCAGGAGCUGAUGGACUUUAUUAAUAAAGUGGAUGUUUGAAUAUUAUUUUACUUUAAUGUGUCAGCGUUGUCAUUCCUCACCACUGACCGAGGAGUUGCAUCAAUCUUACAUGGGCUUCAGUGAUCCCGGAGGACUUUCCAGUGAUCAAUUUCCCAGGAGAGGCGGCAUUUCUUUGAACACAGGCACUCCUCGUUCAUUUUCCAGUCCAGGAUUGAGGGACCAGGUCAUUUAUGAAAUGAACACCAUCUACCCGACCUCACGACCGGCAGACAGCACAGAAAGAGACGCCUCUCUGGGAGCAGCGAUCCCGAAGGCUCGUCCUGCAUGAUAACCGACACCUGUUUGUUUGAUAUUUUCAGAGGCUUCGCAGCAUAUGGCCUUUGUUGCCUCUCUGCUUUCCUGCCAGGGCGUAAUGGCUCUGAAAUCUGGUCCGUCAGAGAUUGAUAGACACAGUCUGCUGCAGACAGCUGGCCUGUCGCAGACAGUAUCAGUCAGUGUCAGAGCUUAUCAACCUUGUUAAUUGUACCUUGUGGUGGAAAACUUUUUUCCUGAAAUGACUAGGAAUGAGUCCAAUUUUGGACAUUAGGACUGAAAGAAAACUCACCUAGCAUAGCCGUUCUUGCCGUUCCACACAUUACUCAGCCCCUCCAGGGCAAGCAGGAGGCUCCUAGACAGAUCACCGUUUUUAUUAAGACCGUUACAGAAAGCAGGCAAAGAACACUUAGCUUAGAAUUUGUAGUGUUCAUUUAGAGUACAGCAAAGGGUAGCUCUGUUGUAAAUUACAAGCUAUAUAUACACUAACCCGUCUCCUGGUUGUUUUUGAAAAAUGCUCUGAAUAUAAAUAAAGUGACACUGCAAAUUCUCUAAAUAUGCCAAAAAAAAAAAAAAAAAACAGUGAUCACAUUCAGGAGUUAUUGUCAAGUCAUUUGCUAACAACGAAACACUUUGGCACUUCCCGUAAUGAAAUAUAUAUUUUUUCUGCAUGUUCAUAAUCAAACACUUUGAAAUAUGAUCUUUUGCUUCUUAUCUAUAUAAAAAAAAACACCCCUGGUGUUGCCUUGGCAGCCACUUGUAAUCUGUACCACCUGGCCUACAGCCAGUAAUCAUUUCAGUGUCUUAGCAUGCCCUUAAGACCGCUGUACAGCUUCCACAAUGAGGUCUUAUUUAUGUUAAUGGCGUUCUGCUUGCUCACACUGGAACUAUGCAGCAGGCUUUCAGGGACAUGGCGCCACACAGCUCCAACCAAUCAGGCGGGGGAUGCAAAUGAGGCUGGCUCCUUCCUCCCUGCUGCAGCACCAAGCUGCUCUUGCUGGAUUUUAAGACUGUCUUAAAACAAAAGGCAGGCAGGCAGGAAGCAUGGCAGACAGCAUGGCAGACGAGGAGGGCUCUCCCGUGAAAGAGAGGCAGCGCAAACCCAAAUUCACCCCGGAUCAGAUCCAGCUGCUCAGACAGGACGUGCUGGCCCACGCCUCCAAGCUGUACGGGAAACACAUCAGCCCGGUCCCAGAGAGGAAGAGGGUCUGGCAGGAGAUCACCAGGCACAUCAACGAACACAGCAAGACCAAGAGGAGCGUGAUCGAGGUGCAGAAGAGGUGGCAGGACGAGAGGAGAGGGAUCAAGAAGAGGGCGCAGGACCUCUGGAGGGUUCUCCUGGAGACAGGCCAGUCCCUGGGGGGGCUGACACCGCAGGAAGAGGCCAUCCUGGGCACGCUGGAUGAGGGGGCUCUGGGGGACUUGGGAGGACCCGGCCUAUCCCACUCUGCACUGAAGGAGCAGGCUGCUCCAGAGGACUAUGUGUGUGUGCGACUGGGCGAAAUGAAACAAGAGCCCAGUGAAUCAGGGGCAUCCACUCCCAACAGGAGUGCGGGGGACUGGAAAUGUGAAUGGAGCAGCGAGGAGAACCACCCAGAGCUGCCCUCCAGCCACCCGGAGCUCAACAGAGACCCCGCAGAGCUGCCCUCCAGACACCCGGAGCUCUACAGAGACCCUGCAGAGCUGCCCUCCAGACACCCGGAGCUCUAUAGAGACCCUGCAGAGCUGCCCUCCAGACACCCGGAGCUCUACAGAGACCCCGCAGAGCUGCCCUCCAGACACCCGGAGCUCAACAGAGACCCCGCAGAGCUCCCCUCCAGACACCCGGGCACGUCUGGGAAGACAGCACUGAAGCCCGAGGCGCCAUACAGGAUCCAUCCAGAGGCAGAAGAAGAAGCUACAGCCAGCUGGGGGAACAGUCCACUCCGGAGAGCCCCCCCACUGGCACACAGCACUGGCAGCGUGCAGAGGAGGAGGAGGAGGAGGAGGGUGAGGAGGCACGGGACUGUCGCACAGCGCAGCAUGGCCACAUCCCUCAGGAGAAUGGCAACCAACUCAGAGUCCAUAAGAAGGGAACUGCGCUCCCUUUCUGCCAGUGUGGGGGCCAUUAGCAGAGAGAUUGCAUCCCUGGCCGGUGCUGUAACCUCCAUUGGCUCUACCAUUGCCUCCGCCCUACAGAACAUACAGGUCGUCCAUGCAGGUUCCUCCUCCCAGGGGCGGGGUUUAUCCCCUGGCCAAUCGGGCAGCUCAGAUCCCGGCCACGCCUCCCAGAACAGUCCUCACAGUCAUGAUGCAGCCAACACACCAUGACAUCACAACUAGGGUUAUCAUUCGAUUCCUUAAGGACCAGGGGUCUUGUUUUAUAAAGCGUGGAAGCUGUCCUUGAAAGUAAAUGACUGGCUGCAGUAGUAAAGUGGUAGAAUGUUUUGUAUGAUUCUGGUCAGUUAUUACCUCCGAGACUAGGUUCAGAAGUUCAGGUGGUCUAUCUAAAGCAACUCAAUGGCUAUUGCGAGAGUGAAACAGAAACUCAUUUCGGACAGAUUUACUUUUUUCAGUGGAAAAGGCAUGCUUUUGAAAAGUUUAUCACUGGUGCUUUUGUUUUUUGUUCUAAAGAUGCAUUUUUUAUUUUUGUACUUUCUGUGAUUGAAACUUUUCUUAAAUGUUAGGAUUUAUUAAACAAUAUAUAUAUAUAAAA